CGGAUAUAAUAGACUUCCAUGGUAAUAUGUCAAAUGACAAUGGAGUCUUGAAUUUACGUGUUGUUUAUACUUUUGUUAUCGAUUUGGGACAUGACUUAAACGGAGGCUGGAAAUUUUCCUUUAUUUUUUUUGGUGGACUGGAUACGACGCACAAAAUUUGUUCGAAGCUCAUUAAUAUUCACACCAAAACUUCCUGUUUCUGUAAAACUAACGUCACAAUCAAGGAACAGACGAUGCUUCAUCCCACUGCAGCAGUAUCUUUAACCCCUGAUGACGACACGAAUCCAUUUCCAAUAAUUAUCGCAUUUUUUGGAAUAAUAGUGAUAUGUCAAACACUAUAUAUUGUUUAUAUUAAACGCCAGAAGCUUGUAGGUCGCUACAGAGACAUAUCGACACGUCCACCGCAACCUUUACCUCUUGACAUAUACGACCAAGUAGAAGAUCAGCAUGAACAGGGUUUCACGAACAAAGCUUUUAAUAUAGCUAAUCAACGGACUACCCCUAAAGUUGCUAGGAAGGCACCGCAAGCGCUUUCUAUGAUGCCAUUAGGGCAAGCUCACAACGUGGCCGGUAAAAGGACAGCUCCUAAUGUUGCUAAGACGCAAUCUCAAGUGCUGUUAGCCCUAUCAUCACCGAAGGAUAAGCGAUUACGAUGUUUAAAAUCAACUCAUAUGAACCAGGGUAGCUGUCCACGGUCACGCCCACGUCCACGACCACGGCCACAGCGGCGCUCAAAAACUGGUGCCCCUACAAAUAUGCAAGAAUUAAUAACAAUUAAUAAUCGAGUGACAUGGGAAGAAGAUUGGCAAUAUGAAAGGUUGGCGCCGAUGCAAAAAUAUUUAUAACAAUUCAGAACAGGACAAACGCUUUGGCAGUCACCGGUGACCGACGCCGACUGUAGCGAAGGACUUGCCUUUUUUUUCUUGUUUUCUGGCCUCAAGAUGCGAUAUAUUCAUGGAGCACCCUCGCCUAGGGAGCAGAUUUUCCUUUCUCAGCAGAUUUCUAUUGGCAGUCAAAGAUAGCUUCCAACGUCUUAGCAGAGGCUCGUACACAAAACUGUGAUGCGACGCGAAUUUGCAACGGAAAAAAUUACGAUGCGAAUUGCU